CGCAAAAAGAGUUUGUAUAUCAAAAAGAUGAUUCAGACCGGUUCCGCACACCUUCCAAAAUGAAUUUGCAAAAGGAUGAUAACGGCGUUGAUGUAACUUCUCGUGGAAACACACCUUUUUACUGCACACCUGAGUACUGGGAUAGUUUCAAGGGUGAUAUGGAUGAUCCUGUCCAAGUACCAGAAGUAUCAGAUGAAAAAGCUGCCACAUCUUUGGAGACGGACGAAAUCGCAUCGCAUGCGUCGGUUGGUUCUCAAGGAGUACAAGAGGAAGUGGAGGAGGUUACUGGCAGGCGCAAGCGCAGAGGAUCACAACAUGUCAAGUCUCCUUAUGUGGUCCCUAAACCAAACAAACGUGCAAAACGUUCUGCCAAAGGAAAAUUGUUCCAAAAUGGUGAUGUUAACAAAUCUGGUGAUGAGUAUGAUGUGGUGAAAGCAUCCACCAAGUACGUGCGUGCGCAUGAGCAUUCACAAAAACAUGCCAAAACAGAAAUUUUCAAUGAUGGCAUGGAAGAAGGUCUCACUGUGCGGAGAGCUUGUCAGAUUAUUAACAUGAGUGGCUAAGUGGCGACGUAAUUGAUGCAUACUCAUCAUUUUUGGUGGACAAAAUUAAUGAUGAUCAUUUCAUGUUAACAACUUGGAGGGUACAUUGGUUGCUUCACGUUAGACCCGGAAAAAAGACCGCCAGUAACGAUUAUGAAGCAGAGUCGCAUAGUAAUGGACCCGUGAACAGAUGUGAGGACGAGUAUUUCAAAAAAUCAAAGACUUACAUUCCUCUAAACAAGCAAAAUAAUCACUGGAUUACUGUCGUCAUGCAUAGCGGAAAAAGAGAGUUUCAGGUUCUUGACUCGUUGAUGACCGGAAAACUUGACACUGUUACUAGAGAACUCGUUGAGGACCUGAGAAAACAACUAGCAGAAGAUAUCCAAGAAGCAAAUGCAACCGGAAUUGUGAAUUAUCCGGAUGUUUCCAAGUGGCCUAUUCAAACGUAUGACAUGCCAAAACAACAUGAUGGGAAUUCGUGUGGAAUAUUUCUCCUUCGAUGCUUUCAAUAUUGGGAUGGUGACAAAUGGACAGGCUUAUUUUCACAGACCUCUAUUGAUGAUUCGAGAGAGUUAAUGAUUGCGCAACUUAUCUUUUCGGAAAGAAACAAGCUUGAUGAAGUGAAAAACAAAGUUAUUCGGAUAUCAAAGAAGAAGAAAUAGAUGCGGCACGGAGGAGUUUUGCAUGUGCUUUGAGUGGUACUGGAGGACUUUAUUUUCCAAACGCUUUGCGCACUUGCUUAUAAAUUUUAUGUAAUAGACUCUGCUUCCGAAUAGUUAUAUGUAAUAGACUCGGCACUUUUCCAAAAGUUUUUUAAUGUCCACAUGAUAUUUCGUUUCAUAAAUAUUAUAUAAUAAUUUUUUUUGUUUACAUGA